AUGACCGACCACCUGAUGCUCGCCGAAGGUUACCGCCUGGCGCAGCGCCCGCCGCCCGCGGCGCCCGCACACGGCCCCCAGGCGCUCCGGACGCUGCAGCCCUACGCGGGCCCGGGCUUGGACAGCGGGUUGCGGCCGCGGGGGUCUCCGCUGGGCCCGCCGCCGCCACUCCAACCCGGGGCCCUGGCGUACGGGGCCUUCGGGCCGCCGCCUGCCUUUCAGCCCUUCGCGGCGGGGCCGCCGCCGACCGCGGGUAGCAGCGCGCACCUGCAGCCCGUGGCGACCGCGUACCCCGGCCGCGCGCCCGCGCCCUCCGGCGCUCCGGGAUGUCCCCCGGGCCUGCAGCCCGCGCCGGGGUCCCCGGCCCCGCCGCCGCCGCCCGUGCACGCCCUGGGCGGCAUGGACGCCGAACUCAUCGACGAGGAGGCGCUGACGUCGCUGGAGCUCGAACUCGGACUGCACCGCGUGCGCGAGCUGCCCGAGCUCUUCCUGGGCCAGAGCGAGUUCGACUGCUUCUCGGACUUGGGGUCCGGGCCCCCCGCCGGCUCUGUGAGCUGCUGA